UUGAAUUGUUUAUCCUCUGCCAUUGAAAAUGAAGAAAAACAUGCCCAAACCAGACUGAACCAUUUAGGGUUGUUACUUUCAUGGUCUGUCCGAGUAUCAUUACAAGAGGACAUUCACAAAAAGGCAGAGAAGAAUAUUGUGGACACCAUAAAGUUGAACCCUUUAAUGAAAAUUACAGGAGACAAUGUUGAUGUGUAUGUGAGGACCAGUUCAUUAAAUAGGGAGAGAAGGAAUAAAGAUUUACAUUUGUUUGCCAGUAACAUCAUCUUCAGUAGGAUUGCUACUAUAGACAUGCCCAACACUCCUCCAGGUACAAAUGUAGAGCAGCUUAAAAGUGAACAUUUAUUAAUGACUGGUAUGGAGAAGGCCAAGUUUUUGAGUGCAUGUAGUGUUCUCCUAGCAAGAAUUUUGUGUAAAAUUCCUGCCUUUGAAAACCUGAAGAGGCAAAUUCCAGUUCAUAUUCCCCAUGAAUACAGCCAGAAGAUGUCCACAAGAUCUGAAGUUUUUCCACUUCCAAUUAUGUUCUGCAAUGAAUCCAAACAUGAGGAUUGUAUGGGAAUAAUGGACAGCUAUGAGAAUCAGCUAACCAGACUGUUUGAAAAUGCAUUUGGAAACAUAGAUGCGCUAAGAAGGUAUGGGGUACCUGUAGGUGGUGAUCAGCUGACUCGUGUGCGACUUCAGGAGGCCAAAAACAUACGAUCAUUAGCUGUCACUCCAGAGAGGCGAUAUGACGAUUUACAUCCAAUUGUAUGUGAGAUGUGGCAUUCAAAGCAAGAUUUUCUAGAGAAAUGUUACAAAAAGUUUUUUGGAGAAAAACAUUCCUCAAGCCAGGGAACUCUUGCCCACUUCAAGACCAUUCUUCACAGAACAGAUGUGAAUGGAAAAGUAAAGGGAAGGUUUAAGCCACAUUUCGAACUUUUGAUGCUUGUUGGAGAAUGCAUGGUCCAAGAACAGUUUCUUGAAUUUCUCAACAUGGAGUCUUUUGAUAGCCAACCAACACAUCCCAUGACAAAGGACGUUGAUGACCCAGAGAAUCAGAGAGACAACUUAAUGAAACUAAUUCAAGAGUUCAUGAAACACUAUGGUUAUGGUCAAGUAGACUGUCCUACUCCUAAAAAGGAUGAAGCUGACAAAAUUUGCAUCAUUACACGUGAAGGUCAAAAUAUACAAAUAGAGUUGGUUCCUACAAACAAGCAAAGUGAUGAGCUGUAUAAUUAUUCAGUACAGCUCUGCCAAUGGUACUUGCACCUAAAUGAAUUACAUGAUACUGCAAAAGAAGGAGACUUGAAUAGGACAAUCUUGAACUGUCAGUACUCACUACCCUUCUUUUUCUCUCACUCUAAACUUAGUAAAUACUUAGUUGAAAAUAUUGACUAUGUGUUGAAGUGCAAGUACCUCUUGAGCCCUUUGCAAAGAAUGCGUGUUCUUGAGGGAUCUUAUGUAAACAUUAAUGGUGGUCAAGGGCAAAAUGUUGAGAGUGAUCUGACUCAGGAACACUCAGUCUGCAAUCAGAAAAUGCUGAUUAAAUCUUUAGGAGCAAACAAAAGUGAAAAUGCAAUUAAAAGAGUUACAGGUGCUGCAGAAACUAUUUCAAAUAUCUGUGAGAAGUUUGAUGAGAGUCUGAACAUCAAACCAAAAUCUGGAAGUCACAGUAGACCUUUAAAUGAAUCAGACCAAAAACUAGUGUCACGAACAUUACGAAGACUUAGACCUUUCCGUUUUACACCAGGAAGGAAGUGUCCAGGCUUCAGUAACAUUGACAGUGUUCCUGUAACAUUUGAAAAACUACCAGACAUGCAUGCUAGAAUAAAUCAAAUUAUCUCUCGUCUCACAAAAGGUCUUCAUGUAAAUAUUGAUGAAAAUGAUAAUGAUUCAGAAGUGGAGUAGAUUUGGUGAAUGAGUUAUAACAAUAUUUUAUUUGAGCAAAUUCAAUGUUCUCAAGUUUUAUAUAAUGUCAUGUAUUUAAAAAUCAAUAUGAAUCAGUUAUGACAAUAUUUGCUAUUAAACAAUCAUCACAAUUACAA